AUGCAAGUCUUGUACAACAAUUUCGCGGCAACAUUGCCUUUUUUCAUACGGCUGCUCGAAACUUGCGACUUCUAUGCCUUCGACAAUGAGAUGACGGGCGUCGGGAUGCCGAAGGUGUCCGAUCUGAUCACCUUUUCAUCUGAGGAGAGCUACCACUGCAAACGGAUGGCGGCAAGCCAUUACAAUCUUAUUCAGAUUGGCCUUUGCCUCUUCCAUCGGUCGGGCACCGUUGGAGACGUGGCACAGUACACAGCGUCUCCCUUUAACUUUGUUCUAUUCCCUCAGUCGAUGGAAGAGGCAGGUGGCGCGCUACUUGGCCGCAACAUCAGCACUGAUAUUGUGAUGGGCUCUUCCGCUCUUGCGUUUCUCCGGCGUCAUGGAAUGGACUUCCAGUCGUGGGUUUACGAAGGCAUCGGCUACUGCGACGAGGACCAGGCGCGCGUGUGGCGGGACCACUGGAAGGAACAACGCGGGGAGGGCACCACCAACGCCGUCGCCGUGGAAAAGGGUGUGGACGGCGACUUGUUUUCGGAUGAGGAAAGAUCGUGGGUCGAAGCCUCCAUAAAGGCUGCCAAGGAGCUGCAACAGCGAGCGGAUGCGGCGGGGCGCGGUGCAGCGACUAAGUGCGUAUGUGGCCUGAAAAUGAUGAACAAAAGCGCUUCAGAGGUCGAGGUUCCCGGCGGCCGCGAGGUGCUUCUUGAGUGCCAGUCAAGUAGGAGCGCACGCGAGUACCUUACGGCGUACCUGAAAUCUCACCUGCCGCGUGUGACGGUAACGUACCGUCGUCAAGGCAAGAUGUUUGCCGGUACGCUCUGCGUCUUUUCAGAGGAGGAAAUUCAGUCAAAAGUCGCCAAGGAGCGGGCCACUCAGGAUUGCGACGAGCUGAAUUCGCUGGGGUUCCGCCUUGUAUUUGAGGCGCUAGUGAAGUCCAGGAAGCCGUGUGUGGGACACAACUGCUUUAUGGAUUUGCUUUUUCUGAUGGCCGCGCUGGAUCGGGCGCUGCCGGAGGAACUUCCAUCGUGGAAGGCGCGCGUGAGUGAACUGUUCCCGACGGUACUGGACACGAAGUACAUCGCGACGCGCGUGGAUCGGUUUCCCCUUGGGUACUUCAAAAAGCUAAACCUGGGCAGCCUUUUUGAGAAUUAUGGAAUGCAGUCGCAGGAGGUCAAGGUGAGCUUGCCGCUGGGGUUCCAGUCGUACGACCCCCUUACUUUCCUGACGUUAUCCCGUCGCAGCUCGUCCGGCGGCACCGCAGCCGGCCCUGCCCACGAAGCGGGCUACGAUGCGCUUAUGACCGGGACGCUGCUUCUCAAUUUGCUUGCGGAAAUGGGAUACAACUCUGUGGCCGAUGCACCAGCAGACCUGGUCAACAAGACCUCCGUUUUCAACUCGCUGUAUGCGGUGGAUCUGGGCAGGGCUGAUGGUGAUGAAUAUACCCCAGGGGAGCGCGGGGUGCUGGACCUCCGGCAUGCGGCACAUGUAAAGUGGUUUGAAGUCGAGGGCUGUGUCACAGCGAGCGGUGUGAACAAUAUAACCUUGCACAGCGUAGAUAAGGAGCGUACCAUCGUUGUGUUGCCGCCACUACAAGACUGCGAUCCAAAGACGAUUGAGGAGACCCUUAGCACACGUUUCUCGCAUAUUCUCCGGGAGGUUUCUAUGUACAAGCCGCCGCAUCUGGCGUAG